AUGAUGUUUCAACACUUACAACCAUGGUCGAAAAUGCGCUGUAAAAUUUCAGUUACCCAAAAACAACUCUACCAGAUGGUGAAAAGACGGAACUUGCGCCGCCUGUUUACGGUGUGUAUAUAUCUGACAGUGUUUGGUGUAUCAUGUUUCUUGUACAAGAUCUAUCUCCUCAAUAUUUGGUUGGAUGGAGAGCUCGUGGCCAAAAGUUGUCUUACUACACAUAAAAAAUGGCAGACAACCGAUAUGCCUAUGCUUCUAAAAGCAUCUACGUUGGCACUACUUUCCGAUCGUGCAACUCCUCCAGGAGAUCUUGGACUUCGAGUAGAGAUGGAUUUCAAAGACAAUGCCACUUUCAAGAUGAUCAAACAGGGUUUGGAGACAUUCGGAUAUAAUUCGUACGCUUCGGAUUUGAUGUCCGUUCGAAGACGUUUACCCGAUAUAAGAGCACCAUGGUGCGGAAAACAAAAUCUAACAGAUUCGCAUCUUCCACCGACAUCGAUCGUGAUCGUGUUCCACAAUGAAGCGUGGUCCGUGCUGCUAAGAUCUGUUCACUCCAUCUUAGAUCGCACACCGGAACAUUUAAUACACGAAAUAGUACUCGUGGAUGAUUACUCGACUGCGGCUUACUUAAAAACAAGGUUGGAUGACUAUUUCGAGCGCUUUUCGAAGGUACGUAUUAUCCGGGCCCCUACAAGACUGGGUCUGAUUGUUGCAAAGAUAUUUGGUGCUAAAUCAACGACCGCCAGCAUCAUCACGUUCUUGGAUGCACAUGUUGAAUGUACAGUUGGUUGGCUAGAACCAUUGCUAGCUGUGAUCGCGAACAAUUCCACUACGAUCGCCAUUCCAACGAUCGAUCAGAUAGACGGCAACACCAUGCAGUUGGAUACAGAUUUUGCUCCACGGCUUAUUGGAGCCUACCGCUGGGAUUUGAAUUUUGGUUGGUGGGGUCGGGCAGCCAUGAAGAAGCGCUAUCCUAACCCGUACGUCCCCUUUGACACACCCGCAAUGGCGGGUGGACUAUUCGCGAUCGAGCGUACCUUCUUUGAGCGACUCGGUUGGUACGACAAAGGGUUCGAAAUGUACGGAAUCGAGAACAUCGAACUGUCCAUGAAAAGUUGGAUGUGUGGUGGAAAGAUGGUUAUUGUGCCCUGCUCGCGAGUUGCACAUAUACAGAAGCAAAGCCAUCCGUACCUACAAAGUGCUGGGAAAGAUGUGAUAAUGAAGAACUCGCUGCGUCUAGCUGAGGUGUGGAUGGAUGAGUACAAGCAAGUGAUGUUCGAUGUCUACGGAGUUCCUCAAUAUUUCCCGCACUAUUUUGGACCAGUGGACGAUCGGAAAGCCCUUCGAACAAGAGCUGGUUGUGGAAGUUUUAGAGAUUACGUGCUAAAUGCCUUCCCGGAGAUGAUGAACCCACUCGUACCGGGUGCUUUUCGAGGCGAAAUACACAAUGCCGCUUGCUCAUCUAAACUCUGCCUAACACAUAAUUGGACGAACCAUUCCCUAAUGAUGGCAGUGUGUGAUCGACAACAAAAGCAACAAUAUUGGACACACAAUUUCUAUCGCGAACUAAACAACUACUCGAGCUGUAUAGAAACUGUCAAUCGUGAUGGUUACAGACUGGAGGUGAAACGAUGCCAUAGGAACGAAAAAACACGCACCCAACGAUGGCAAUAUGUGGUUGCGAGUGGACAGAUAAAGAGUGAAAAAGUUGGCAAAUGUCUUGCGGUAAACGAAGGAGGAAAAGUGAUUGCGAUGGAGCGUUGCAAUACAUCCGACCAUCGUCAGAAAUGGUUGGUGACAUUUAUAAAUCUAGAUGUUUCAAUAUUUCGGUAUUAUUGAUAAGUAUAAAAUAGGUUAAAAGUAUAAAUAUAAAAUCAAAAUAGGAUGAAACACACGAUAUAAGCAUUCAAAAUAAAACAAAUAAAAGUAAAACGCCUAGAGCUAUACAAUAACUGCACAUAUACAUUAAGCUCCGGCAAGUUAGUUACCCGAGUAUUCCAUGCGUCAUACUCCCAUCAAUCAACAAACACAAUUCAUAAGCCAUUUCAGCAUCCCACCGCUUCUCCCUACAGUGCCCUUAACCU